UGCCCCGCUCCUUCCUCCCCCGCUUUCGGCCGCAUUCAAUGUAACACCAUGACAGGCAUCGCCGCUGCCUCCUUCUUCUCCAACUGCUGCAGGUUCGGCGGCUGCGGGCUGCAGUUCGAGUCCCUGGCGGAGCUGAUCGUGCACAUCGAGGACAAUCACAUCGACUCAGAUCCGCGGGUGUUAGAGAAACAGGAGCUGCAGCAGCCCACCUACGUAGCCCUGAGUUACAUCAACAGGUUUGUUACAGAUGCAGCGCGCCGGGAGCAGGAGACUCUGAAGAAGAAGGUUCAGCCCAAACUGUCCCUGUCUCUGACGGGGGGCAUGUCCCGGAACAGCCUGGUUACGCCUCCCAGACACAGCAGCGGCAGCCUGACCCCGCCCGUGACUCCGCCCAUCACCCCCUCCUCCUCCUUCCGCAGCAGCACACCCACAGGCAGUGAGUAUGACGAGGAGGAGGUGGAGUUUGAGGAGUCGGACAGCGACGAGUCGUGGACGACAGAGAGCGCCAUCAGCUCGGAGUCCAUCCUCAGCUCCAUGUGCAUGAAUGGAGGAGAGGAGAAGCCCUUCGCCUGCCCCGUCCCAGGCUGCAAGAAGAGAUACAAGAAUGUAAAUGGUAUAAAGUACCACGCUAAGAACGGGCACCGGACGCAGAUCCGCGUGCGCAAGCCCUUCAAGUGCCGCUGCGGGAAGAGCUACAAGACGUCGCAGGGCCUGCGACACCACACCAUCACCCUGCACCCGCCCGUAUCCGCCGACAUCAUCCGCAAGAUGCAGCAUGCCAGAUAGACCAGGCCCCCAGCUGCUGACCUGCAGACAGACCUGCCACUGAGUACUGAUCCUGGAUCAGCUGCAGCUGUGGGUUCUUCAUAUUAUGGGUGGGGUUGCAGUAGAAGUCCUGGGACUGUGUUUGUGGGCCAAAGUCCACAGGUACAGGAGUUUGGCAAAUCUGGUUUCACGUGGGCAACUUGUCUGCUUGGCUGUGACAUCACGGCUGCUGAGCUGUGACAUCAUGGCUGCCUGGCUGUGACAUCAGCACGUUAUUGUCAUGUUGCUAUGCUCAGACCCACGGGACUCACGGCUGCGGUGAAAGCAGCACCGCAGACGCCUGGCCACGCCCCUCCCCUCGUCCCUGUGACCCUGGGGAAGGUGGGAGGGGGCGGGCCCCGCCUGUGUGUGGGCGGGGCUCUCUGCAGCCCUGCCAAACAGUCAUAAAGCCCCAGGAUACCCAGGGUCGCCGUGGAGACCCCGCCUUUAACAGCGUGUCAGUAUUAAACAGCAGGCGCAGUGUGAAGGGCCAUUUCAUAUACAGUGUACAGUGAAUGUGAUGUAACGUGUGUCUGUGGAAGUGCUUUUAAAUUAUAUUUUGGUAUGUUUCUGUGGAAAACCAUGUUUCCUCGUAUGUGUUUGAAGGCAACGGAAGUCAACCGAAGGUGAUUUUACCACAUCAGACUUGUCUUUAAAAAA